AUGGGCUGCCAUGGCAGGAGGGAAAGGCUGAGUCAGAGCGACCAGAACUGCCCUGCACGCAGCACUGAGCUUGGGGUCUACUUGCUGAUAGGAGGAUAUGGCUUUAUUGGGGAGAAGAUCAUAGAGCCCCUGUGCCAACAAGACUACAUCAAAGAAGUCAUUUUUGAUUCAGUAGAAUAAUUCACCACAGCUACCGCUCAUGUGACAGUGAUGAAAGGAGACAUUUGCGACUACAAUCUGCUCCUUGCUGCCAUGCGGAGAGUACACGUGGUUAUUCACACAGCUGCUAUUGUGGACCUCAGAAACACUGUGCCUUUUUGGAAAAUGAGAGCUGUCAACGUUGGGGGUACUGAAAAUGUGUCAAGAGCUUCCUGUGUCCUGAACAUCCCAUGUGUCUACACAAGCUUUAUUGCUGCGGUGGGACCUAAUACAUCGCACGAGCCCAUGCCCGGGAAAUGAGACACUAAAUACAGUGGGGAAGUGGAGCUGCCUUAUGGGAAGACAAAGGCCGUGGCAGAAAAACUUGUACGUGAAGCCAGUGGAAAAAAGCUCAGCAACGGUGAAAAACCCACAACCUGCAUCAUCCGUGCAAACACAGUGUAUGGGGAGGAAGAGUUGUAUUUGCUUGCCAAAGCCAGGAACAGUGCCUUGAACUACCUGGAGCCUGAAAACACAUACGUGGGGAACGAUGCAUGGAUGCAUGUCUUGCAGCUGAAACCAGACUUACUCGCAGGACAAGUGUAUCACUCCUAUGAUGACACUCCAACAAGAAAAGGUUUUCAUCAGCUGUUGUCCUCUACGGACCCCUCAGUGAGACCAGGCUCACGCAUCCCUUGCUGGAAGAUGUGGUUAAAGAUGCAGUUGCACAGGAUAAUCAGAGUAAUCUUGUACCCUUUCUGGAACCCACGGCCUUUCCUAGACUUGCCUUUACUGACCAUGGUCGUCAGCACCACCUCCUAUGAGACGGACAAAGCCUCCAGGCCUUUUGGGUACAAACCCCUCUUCACUUGGAAAGAGAGCAAGCACGGAACUGCACUGUGGUUGAAAGCAGCUGCAGGGAACCUGGAACUCCCCCAACUUCAUGAAAAGAAGACCUAA